AUCAUAUUAGUUCUGCAACAGCAGCAACAUCAUCUUCUUCAGCAACAUCAACAUCAUCAUCAUCAUCAACGUCUUCAUCGCAUGGCAUUGGUGCAGUGGUUCAUAUGGGUGGCAGCCUUAACGGUUGUAACGGCAGCGCCGUUAGUCGCCUAUCACAAUCGACGGGCAUGUCCCCACGCGAGCUAUCUGAAAACGAUGAUCUGGCCACAUCGCUGAUAUUGGAUCCACAUUUGGGCUUUCAGACGCACAAAAUGAAUAUACGCUUUAGGCCCCUGAAAGUGGAUACACAGCAGCUGAAAGCGAUUGUCGAUGACUUUAUACACACACAGAACUAUGACAUUGCCAUACAGCGCAUCUUCGAUGGACCCUGGAUACCUCGUCACCUCAAGAAUAAGAACAAGAUAGCCACCAAGCGGCUGCACGAUCAUAUUGUACGUUAUUUGCGUGUGUUCGACAAGGACAGUGGCUUUGCGAUCGAGGCAUGCUAUCGAUAUUCGCUGGAGGAGCAACGUGGUGCGAAAAUUAGUUCAACGAAGCGUUGGUCGAAGAACGAAAAAAUCGAAUGCCUGGUCGGUUGCAUUGCCGAGCUGACGGAGGCCGAGGAGGCAGCGCUGUUGCAUUCGGGCAAAAAUGAUUUCUCUGUGAUGUAUAGUUGCCGCAAGAACUGCGCUCAACUGUGGCUGGGACCCGCCGCCUACAUCAAUCACGAUUGCCGUGCGAAUUGCAAGUUCCUUGCCACGGGCCGGGACACGGCGUGCGUGAAGGUGUUGCGUGACAUUGAGGUGGGCGAGGAGAUUACGUGUUUCUAUGGAGAGGAUUUCUUUGGCGAUAGCAAUCGAUACUGCGAGUGCGAGACGUGCGAGCGACGCGGGACAGGCGCCUUUGCGGGCAAGCACUCGGCAAAUCAGUUAAAUGAGGCAAUGCUUGGUUUGACCAACGGCUUAGGCUUGGGGCUGGGCCUGGGCGCUGCCGGCGGCGCCAAUGGCGGAGGCUAUCGCUUACGUGAGACGGACAAUCGCAUCAAUCGCAUCAAGAGUCGCGCCAACAGCACCAACAGCACCUCCAAUAGCAACAGUAACGACAGCAGCAGCAAUGCGGGCAACAACAACAGCAGCAACAUAAAUGGUGUUGUUGCACCGACAGCAGCAACAGCUGCAGCCACAGCUGCUGUUGGUAGGCCUAAGAGCAGCAGCCUGGAGCUGAAUGCAGCAGCCUUGUCGCUGGACAAGAAGCAGCCCAAUGUGAUUGUCUCACCGCUGACUAUGAAAGAGCUGCGACAGAAGGGCAUGACUAAGUACGAUGCCGAAAUGAUAAUGGCUAAUGCGGCCUAUCAUCAACAGCAGCAGCAGCAGCAUCACCAUCCGCAUCAGCCGCAGCAUCAUCAUCAUCAUCACCAUAUGCAUCAUUUUCACACUCACCUGCCACACACAACAGGAGCAGCAGCUGCUGCCGCAACAGCCAGUAGUAACGCUGCUGAAGCCGCCAGCCAGGCGACAGCCAUGCAAAAGCCACAGGCAGCUGCCGAGCUGAGUAAUGGGCGAGCUGCUAUUGCUGCUGCCGCUGCCGCUGCUGCUGCAACGUUACGCAAAUCGACGCGUGUGAACAGCACCAGCAGUACCAUUUCGACAGCAUCCACUGAUGAACCGCCAUUGGGCUGUGCAACAGCAACAGCGACUGCAACUGCAACAACAACGACUACAACAAUGGCCAAUAAGGCGCCUGUGGUACUGGUACCGCGUUAUAAGCCAGCUGCUGUUGCAGCAUUGCAGCAGCAGCAACAACAGCUACAACAACAACGGCAGCAGCAGCAGCAACAACAGCAGCAGCAACAACGCCAGCAGCAGCAACGCCAGCAGCAGCGGCAGCUUAGACGCAGCGAGCGGCAAACGCAGCGUCAAAAGGUCAGUAAGGAUGCAGCACAGAUACUGGGCAAAUAUCUAACGGAUAGCGAGAGCAGCGAUACGGAUUUGCACCACCACCAACAACAGCAGCUAAAGCAGCAAUGCAACGAAGUAGCAGCAGCAGCAACUACACAAGAGAAGCGCGUAACACGCAACAGCGCCGGACGUGCAGCAGCAGCAGCGGCUGCAGCAGCAGCUGCGACAACAGCAACAAUAACUGCCAGCAACAACAGCAACAGUAACAGCAGCAACAUAAAAACAACGAUUACAAAUUGUAAUAAUUUAAAUAUUAGUAAUAGCUGUAGAAAUAAUGUUAGCGCUAGAUUUAGUGAUCGCAAACUAAAAUCGACCGAGCCGGCGGCAGCGGCAGCGGCAGCAACAGCAGCAGCAGCAGCAACGGCAUCAACAGCUUCUUUAGCGAACAUGAUGAUGCCCUCGUCGUCAAACUGCUCCACGGCAGGUGAGCAGCAGGAACAGGCAACGGCAGCAGCAGCAGCAUCAGCCACAUCAAGACGUAGUCGCAGCAACAGUCCCGCAUAUAAAAAGAACCUAUUGUCUAGCUUUGAGCAGACUAGCGCAGGCAACAACAAGCGUCAAGCGACAACAACAGCAGCAGCAGCAACACCUGUUGAUGAUUCCCCACACAAGCAGAAGCGCAGUCGACGUGCCGCUGCGUUGGCAGCUGCAGAGCAUAUACACUGCGAGGCUGUUGGUGGCGUGCUGCAACGUAAGCGUCAACAUACAACAGCAGCAGCAGCAACAACAGCGACAUCAACAGCAGCAGCAACAGCAGCCGUAAUUAGCAGCAGCACUGUGGAGCCGCUUCUAAAGACUCCAGAGCGACGGCUAAAGCUGACUUUAAGAAUGAAACGUUCGCCGAUUCUCGAUGAGGUUUUCGAGCUCGGCACAAGCUUGGGCGAGGAUCGACAACAUGCACUACAAAAUGGACAUAUUGCUGGCAGCCGAACGGGACAAGCGGGCAACAAUACGCACAGCAACAGUAGCGGCAGCAAUAGUGGCAAUCAAAACAACAGCAGCAAUAACAAUCAAAACAACAGCAGCAGCAGCAGCAGCAGCAGUGGCGCCAACAACAACAAUGCCAACAGCAGCAGCAGCAGCGGCAUUGAAUAUGAAAUAUUGCGCAUGGAAGGCAUUUCGGAGCAUGGUAACGAUGAUGAUGACGAUGAGGAGGAGGAGGAGGAAGAGGAAGAAGAGGAGGAGGAGGAGGAGGAGGAUGACGGUGAAGCUGAGGCUGAAGCUGAAGCUGAAGACGAGGAAGCGGCAGACGAGGAGGAGGAAGUUGAAGAACAAGAUGUCGACCAGGAGGCAGGGGACUCGGAGCAGCAACAAAAGCAACAACUGGAUGCCACCAACUGGCGCAGUAAAGAAAAAUCACGACGCAGUCGUCGCCGCGGCUUGAAAACUGUCAGCUGUACACCACCGCCAGCAACAGUUGCUGCCAGCACUAAUAGCAUCUAUGGCACGCCUCAAAAGAAGCGUUUACGCCUAAUCUUUGGCAACGAGUCGCAUACAAUAGACAUUCCACCAACACAUACAACAGCCACCAAUGCCGCAGCAACGUCAGCAAAAGAAGCCAGCGGUGUCGAUGAACUCAACAGCAGCAGCGGUGCUGGCAGUGGCACCAGCGAUGAAUCCUUUAAUGCUUCCUACGCCAGCAGCAACAGUAGCAGCGGAGCAACCAGCAUGACUGUCAACAACUCGUCGUUGAAUAGCAACAGCACGCCAACAUCGACGGCAUCCGAUACAGUUGAAGCGAUUGCAACAACCACAACACCAGCAACAGCGGCAUCCCCAACAGCAGCAGAUGCUACAGCUGCAGCUGCUACUGCUCCUGCUACUGCUACUGCGGCAGCUGCAAUAAUUGGUCAGCCACGAAUGCCUGCAGCUGACUCGCCCACUUCGACAACAUCCAGUGUAAGCUCCUUUCAGUCGGCCUGUACCUCGACAACCAAUUUCUUUACACGCUCCAAAUCGCCGGCAAGCAGCUAUCAGCUGAAUGGCAGCCGCAGUAACAGUAGUUACAUGGGCUACUACCAACAGCAGCAGCAGCAGCAGCAACAACAACAGACAACAUUUGGUAGCACCAAACGAUGUGCAGAGCAGGCACAGGCUGUCGUUAGCAGUAGCAGCAGCAGUAACCAUGCCAAUAGCAAUAACAGUAACAGCAACAGCAACAUAAACAACAACAGCAAUAGCAACAGCUCAACAAUUAGCAGCAGCAACGGCGCAACAAUUGCUGCGAGCAGCGUGUCCAGCACGCACAGCUUUCUUUCCAUGCCUAAGCACACCUUUGGCACUUGCGCUCUGCUCGCCCCAACCACCUUUGCCGGCCUGCAACAGCAACAACAACAACAACAGCAGCAACAGCAGGCAUGCAAAUUGUCUGAACAGCAACAACAGCAGCCAACAUCUUCAUCGCCACAGCUGCAGCAGCAGCAACAACAACAGCAACAUAGCAACAAAUAACCAACGACUGAUCUCUAUGCGAAUUGACUGCGCUGCUGCCAUUGCCAACAACAACUGCAACAACAUUUGAAACCUGCCCCUUGCCUGCUGCUAGCUCUGAAGCUGCCGCCCCAACGCCCUCCCCUCCUUUGUUGUUAACGUUAGGUCUCGUCUGCAGGUGUGUGUAUGCUUUAAGCAGUAUGGCAACUCUGUCUGUCUGUCAGCAGAGCUUAGUGAGAGUCUCUUAUGUCCGCUUGUUCUAAUACUAUCAACAAAAGUAUAACAGUUUGCGUAGUAAAAGAAAGCAAAACCAAACAAGCAAGAAAAACAGGAAGUCUGUUCUUUUAGCAUACAUUUGAUUAUACAUUUCUUUUUGCUUUUCUUUCUAUUUUUCUCCCUUUUCUCUCUCUCUCUCUUUCUUUCUUUCUUUAUCUCUCUUUCUCUCUCUCUCUCUCGGCAUUGCAGAUGGAUAUUUAAAGCAUAAGUGUAGCAAAAAAGCGUGUGUUAAACAAAUUGUUGCAGUUGGUGAUGGUGGUGGUGUUAAUAACAAUGCUAAUAAGUUUAAUAAUAAUAACAACAUCAAUAAUAAUUACAGUAGUAACAGCAACAGCAGCAACAUAGUUAAAAAAUUAAGAAUAGAAUUAAAACGCAUACAAAUCCUGUACAGUUAAAAUCAAAACAACAACAACAAAACGAAAUGAUGUAUAACUGUAAACAAAUUCAAAGUAAAUCAGUGCAACGCCCACUGGAGCAACAACAACUACAGCGCCGCCCAAGGCAGCAGCGAAAGCAGCAGCGACAGCAGUUGGAAAAGCAAGGAAUAUUAAUAUUGCCAUUGAUUGAAGGAGAGGAGCACACACAGACGGCAAAACUCUCAGUCUCUCUCACUCUUACUCUCGGUUAUCUUUUAAACAUUGUGAACAAAGAAGCAAACGGGAAAAAUAACAAACAUAUAACAAAUAUAUUCUAAAUGCAAUGCACAUCAAUACACACAUAAACACACACACACAUGAAUACCCAAAAUUAUACACAAACGCAAUUAGCAGCGGUUUUAGACGCCUUACAAUUAAAGAUAAAUUUAUAAAAUAUUAAAGAAGAAAAAACAAAAGAAACUAAAAUACAUAUUAUAUUAUAUUAUGUGUAUAUGAAAUGAGAAAACAAGGAAUAUAAGCCAACAACGUAGAGCAGUAAAAGAACAACAAUAACAACAAUAGAAGCAAACAAUAGCAUCAAAAGCAAUAUAUUAUA